CAACAUCACUAUAAAAUGACUUUAAAAAAAAUAAAUGACUUUUUAACAAAUCUGAACUUUGAUGUGAUUUUCAGUACUUCAUCAUAAUAGAAAUAAAUUUUAUUUUAUUAGAAUUGCCAUUCCAAAUAAGUUAAUACAAUAAUAAAAUAACUUAUUUUAUUUAUAAAAGGCUGAGUAAGGUGGCUGUUAUGAACAUCCGCAACCAAUUUGCAGGGGGGGGCUGGCAGGUUAAUUCCAAAAUGGUGGUCGUUUGUUGUUCUUUCAAGUGUAGUAAUUUGUAAAAUUAUUUAAUAUAUGUGUACUUCGCUUUUUUAUAACCAAUGGUGAAUUCCAAUUAAAUUGGAAUUAUGGAUGAUAAGGAGCCGAUAAUUGAAAAUUCAAAAGAGGCUGUGAUUGAAGCCUCUGGCUACACAGCGACAGAUGAUAAGCCUACAGAUAUUAACACUAUGCUGAAAUCGCCAAGCGAGAAAACUGAAACUGAUGAAGUAGCUGAUAAUAAUGUAAAAACUGAUAGUGAAUUGAAUACAAAAUCUAGUGCAACAGAAAACUGUGAAAUUAGGGAAAGUGAACUUCAAAAUCAUGUGGAUCUUGCAAGUGAUAGUGAUAAUGUUAAGGACAAUGAGUUGAACCGAACUAGGACAGAUGAUACAGAGUCUGAUCAUGAUAGCCAAGAAGAUCCCAAAGACAGUGAGAAAACACAUGAGGAAAAGGAAUACGAGGGCACAGCUGAUACCCGAGAAAAACCUGAGGACAUUGCAGAUAAGUUAAAAGAAGAGUCAAAUAGUCAAGAUGCUAUUAGUCAGGAAUCUAUGAUAGAGGAAAAUGUAGAAAGUUGUCAGGAAAAAGAAGAGAAAAAUGAUAAUGAGGUUGGAAAACCAGAAUUUGAACAUGCUCCUAAUGUAUCUAUGGACGAAUCAGUAGAAGAUCAUUCCCAGGCAUUAGAUCCAUUCGAUGCAUUGCUGAAAGACAGCAGAUCUGACACAGAAGCUGCAACUACAUCGCAAGCUGAAUGUUCAACAGCUGUUGAAGAUGAUGAUGAUCACAAUGCAGAUUUUGAUGGUGACAAUGAUGAACAACAUCAGGAAGAUCCUCCUCUUGAUGAAAGUGGCGUAACAGAACUAACGGACGAGCCGGGAGCUGAUGAAGAGGUAUGUUUAUUGCCUGACACGGAGAGGGAAAUAUCUGAGGCUGAUAAAGCAGAAGCGGAGAAAGUUUUGGCUGAAAAAAGAAAACAGGCUGAAGCCCUAGCAGUACCCAAACAAGAAAAUGAAGCUAUGGAUAUUGAUGACAAAGCAAGCAAAGAGGCAGCAGUCAACAGUGAAAAUGCAGAUCUUGAACAAAUGGAUCUUGAUACAACUGCAGAGGAUGCGUCGCAAGAGAAUGGUAGUGGUGAAAAAGAAAAUGAAUCGGAAGAAACAAUGGAAAUGGAUAGUAUGAUACCAAAUAGCAUUCAAGAGAUUAGCCCCGUUGAUGCAACAUGUGUGCAAUGUCAAAGAGAACAACCCUGCUCUUUUCGCUUCGAUAUUAAGGAAAAUAACAGAAAUUAUAUUUGCAAUGACCAAUGUAUUAAAAACUUUCAAACAGAACAUCCGGGACAAUAUACAAUUACUCAUAAAAAAUAUCUAAUAGAGGAGAUAAUCUCAAAAGUAUUAACUUGCUCAGAGUGUGAAGAAAAGAAAAUUUGUUAUUUUUAUUAUAACUACGAUGGUGAAGACACUCACUAUUGCUCGAUGGCUUGCUUAGAAAGUAUGAUGGCAGAUGAAAAGGAUAAAUAUGCAUUUAAGAGACGAAAAAUUGUAGUGACUGAAAUAGAACCUGUAGAUGGUAAUUGCACUGUUUGUAAUGAAGACAAAAAGUGUUCCUAUUCUAUGAUAAAAUAUGGCCAGCAAGAAUUAAUCUGUGAAUGCAAAUGUAUCAAGACAUUAAAUGUCGCCGAGAAUUUUAGGUAUGCAGUAAAAAAUAAAAGAUUUCCACGCAAGUCUCAACAGCAGCAGCAACAGCAAGCCCAGUCGAAUCCACCUUUGUUAAAAUUGAAAGUUAUUAGUAAUGCAACAGACAAAUAUUUAGAUGAAGCUUAUAAAAUUCAGGCAAAAACUCCAGGCAUGGUACAAGCUGCUAGAGAAGAAAGAGAACGUACAUUCAUACGCAAAUGUGUUCAUUGCUCAUUAAUACUGGAUGUGGAUGAGAAAAUAGUCACUUGGGAGACUAUGGACUUUUGUGAUGAAAUUUGUUUAGGAAGAUAUCAAAAUAAAAUUGGAUCUAGGUGUGCUAAUUGCAAAAAUGCAGUCCAACAUACAAGCUUAGGAAAGUAUUGUGUGAGAUUUGGAUAUGAUAUCCGACAAUUUUGUAACUCUGGGUGCUUAGAAGAAUUUAAGAAGGGUUUAAAAAUAUGCUGUUAUUGUCAGAGAGAUAUAUCCUCGGGGCACCAAGGUUUUCUGGCGCCAGUUGGUGAUAAAGGUCAAUUUAAAGACUUCUGCUCUCAAAUUUGUAUGGAGAAGUUUGACCAGAUGAAUAAGAACUCAACACCCCAGAUAGUUUGGGCGAAAUGUGCGGUAUGUUCGUUAGAAAAGGGUACAUCUAUUGAAGUGGAAAUUAAUGAUAAUGUAACGCAACGGCUCUGCUCGGAUCCAUGUUUUGCAGCUUUCAAAUUUGUCAACAAUAUUUUUCCAGAUCAAUGUCGCUGGUGUAAAAAAUACUUCGAGCGCAAGCAAAGCAAGUGCUUCACUAUCUACGAUGCCAACACACCUAAUUGUUUUUGUUCCAAGUCUUGCAUGAACGUGUACAUAAGUAAUACUCGACAUAUAGUGCCAUGCAACUGGUGCAAAGUGAAGAAGUACAAUUUCGAUAUGAUCAGGCGUGUACAGGCCACUGGUCAGGCUGUUAUGAUGUGCUCACUGAACUGCUUAAAUCUUUAUCAGGUCUCCGUAAAUGCUGUAUCUUCUAGAAGGACGAAAUGUGAUAUGUGCAAACGAACCUCAAUGGCGCAAUACCACUUGACAAUGUCGGAUGCCACUGUUCGAAACUUCUGUACUUAUCAGUGCGUCAUGACAUUCCAGAGUCAGUAUUCUAAACAUGCACCACCAUUGCUACCCGGCGAACAGAUAGAUCAAGCUAAGGCCGUGCCAACGGGCGCGCCGCGACGUACUUACACGGCGUCUAAUAAAAAUAACGCAAUGCCUAAAGGACAACAGCGGACAAGUUUGCCAGUAAUUUCAAAUGUCCAAUCAUUAGCGGGCCCGCCUCCUCUGAUGCCGUCAAUGACGCGCGCCAAAUCCAAGCGGCUCGCACAGCCGCCGCCGCCGCCUGAGCCCGAGCCCCCACAAGUCCCCAAAACACCUCCUCCGCCUCCCAAGCCCCCUACGCCCCCGCCACCGCCGCCUCCCAAAAUUUAUAAUCACGUUAUAGUGAAAACUCUCCCCCCUCAAGAGGUGGCGAAUAAGGGUACGAUGUCGAAACCAAUGAUGGUGUCUAAAGGAGUGUCAUGCCGUCCUCAUCCUUGCACGAAGGAAUGUCAAACAGACCCGAGUCUAGAGAGGAGGGUACUAAUCCCGAUACCUGUUCCAAUAUACGUACCGGUGCCGUGCGCUAUGUGGUCAUUACCGUUCCCAGUACCGGUGCCAAUACCUCUACCGAUACCCACUCCUGUAUUCAUUCCUACCACCCGGAAUUCGGCUAAGGGCAUCAUGAAAGAAAUAAACAAAAUCCACGACAAGAUGCCAACGGAUCCAUUCGAAGCGGAGCUGUUGAUGAUGGCGGAAAUGGUAGCUGGUGACAAGAAGAAGGAUCAGAGUGAUUCAGACACAGAUGAUGAUAAUGAGGAAAGCUUCAGUCCGGUGGCAGGCAUGGAUGGCAAUAAUGCAUUCGGAGAAGAUAUGCUGCAAAUGGCGCUGAAGAUGGCCACAGAGUAUGAAGACCAACCUGUAGAUUUGGAGUCUGCUAUGACUGCUAACACUAUUACACCCAGUUCACAUCCAGGCAUGCCUGGUCUAGAAGGCGAGGGCAUGCACCACCACCACAUGAUGGUGCUAGAGCAGCAGCGCGCGGUGGCGGCGCUGCGCGCGUCGUCGGCGGCGGGCGUGGCGGGCGUGGCGGGCGUGGCGGGCGUGGCGGGCGUGGUGGGCGCGGGCGCGGCGGCCCGCAAGCGGCCCGCGCCCGCCGCCGCCGCGCGCCCCACGCGCACCUCCAAGCGGCGCCGCGCCGAGCCCGCGCCGCCGCCGCAGCCCGACCCACCCCGCGAGCCUGCCGAGAAGCCCGACGCCAACAUGUGCUUAAAGUACACGUUUGGAGUGAAUGCAUGGAAACAAUGGGUGAUGACAAAGAAUGCGGAAAUAGAGAAGAGCUCCAUACGGCGGAAACCUUUCAAGUCAGAAAUACUGCAGCUAACGGCGGAUGAAUUGAACUACUCGCUGUGUCUGUUCGUUAAGGAGGUGCGGAAACCGAACGGCAGCGAGUAUGCACCAGAUACAAUAUACUAUUUGGUCUUAGGUAUACAACAAUAUUUGUUUGAGAAUGGUAGGAUAGACAACAUAUUCACAGAUCCAUAUUACGAGAAAUUUACAGAUUGUUUGGAUGAAGUUGCUAGAAAAUUUUCAGUUUUAUAUAAUGAUUCACAGUAUAUAGUAACGCGUGUAGAGGAAGAGCACCUAUGGGAGAGUAAACAGUUGGGGGCUCACUCGCCGCACGUCUUGCUUUCCACACUUAUGUUUUUCAACACUAAACAUUUUAAUUUGGUGACGGUAGAGGAACAUAUGCAAUUGUCAUUUUCACACAUAAUGAAACAUUGGAAGAGAAAUCCAAAUCAACCGGGUCAAGCUAAAAUACCUGGUUCUAGGAAUGUGCUUUUGCGUUUUUAUCCCCCUCAGUCAGCUCUAGAAGCAAAUUCAAGAAAAAAGAAAGUAUAUGAACAGCAAGAAAAUGAAGAGAAUCCACUUCGCUGUCCUGUCAAAUUAUAUGAAUUUUAUAUUUCAAAAUGCCCGGAGUCGGUGCGCACGCGCAACGACGUGUUCUACCUGCAGCCGGAGCGGUCAUGCGUGCCCGACUCACCCGUGUGGUACUCCACGCAGCCGCUCAGCCGCGCCGCGCUCGCCAAGAUGCUACACCGCGUAAAGAUGGUCAAGGAGAUCAACAUCGCGCUGCUCACUAGCUAAGAUUUCCCUGCAUCGUCUUCUGAGAGAGAGUCGCGGUGAUGAAGCAGGUCCUAAUACAGCUACAUGCCGUUCUUCAGAUCUUUGGUUACUGUAUGCAAAGUGUAACAAUCGCAUGUUCCGCAUAAACACAGUAAAUGCAUAAACGCAACCAUUUUAUUGUUGUAAAGUUUACAAUGUAUAUUUUUUCUACUUUGUAUAUCAGUCUGCGUGAGGACGGUCAAACAUUAAUUUUAAUGCAUAGUCUAUAAUAGAUGUCUUUUUUUAUAAUGUUGCAAUGUUUUAGUGUUAAGAUUACUGUGCGGGACUGUUUAUGUAUGUACAGAUAUGGUAAUAUUUUCGUCAUUAAUUAAUGCUAUAUAAUUUAUGUUUUCGUCAUAAUAUUUUAUAAAAGAUACGAGUCGUAAACGAUGAAUUUAUUUAAAUAAUUUUCUAAUUAAAAUCCUGUUGGUUUGGAAUCCUUUAAAUUUGUAUAUACGUCAAAGAACUUGCUGCAUCUUGUUCUUUUUUAACAGCACAGAAUAUUGGUCACUUUUCUCUGUGCCAGAAAAGAUUUUAUUAAUAUUAUUACAUUUGUGUAAUAUGUAUUUAAAUAUUAAUAAUAAAAUAAAUAAUAGAUUAGAAAAUAAGUGAUAAAUUCCAUUUUUUUAGAAGACGCACUUUUGUGUUUAUAGUAGCGUUAACUAUUCAUUUUACAAAUCGGGAAACAAUUUAUAAUAUUCUCACAAAUAGAAAUUUUUAUUACAAAUAAUAUAACUUAGUGAAAGAGUCAGAUUCGUAUUAUAUUUUAAGUAUAUUUGCGUCAGAUGUAAGAAUUAGGUUACUGAUGUGUAAAAAGAAUACUGAUUCUCUA